AUGGUAUCAGAGCCGACGGUUGACGAUCUAUGGGAAGACUCUCAGCGCACCGUUGAAUGGGCUUGCACAAAGAACACUCAUGGAGAAUGGAUUGGCUCAUCAUCGAUGGAGUUGACUCGUCGGGAAGCUAUAAUGGAUGGCUCAUUAUCAAUGGAGUUGACUUGUGGGGGAGCAUGGUGCUGUUCGACGAUUAACAGAGAAGAUCCCUUCCCGGUUCCCCUCCACCACCGGCGACCACCACAACCCACUUCCCUCCACCACCGGAGACCACCGCAACCCAAUCCCAGCGCUCCCCCACCGCUGUUGACCGCCAUCACCACCGGGCUUCUGGGCACUUCGACCACCACGAAGAUAAUUGGACAUGUGGGGACUAGGACGCAGCCAGCCCGAUACGUUACGCAACAUCGCUCUAUCCUAGCAAGGCCUACCUACAUGCAGCCGAACUCCCAAAAUGUUAUGGUUGGAAGAUUGGGAGGGCAGCUUGAUUACAUGCAUCCAAUUCAUGUAAGAUACGGUCAUUGCGUCAAGUUGAAAAGAUGAGAGACUAUUUUAUUGUUUUGGAUUCACUUUGAAAUAUCACACCCGAGCCAGAACAACCAUUGCUUAUUCCUACUCAAGAAGAGUUUUUGUUUGGAAAAAGCUGCAAGAUGAUUCAUGAGUUCAAACAGAGAGAUAUCGGCACAAAGAUGACUCCGCUUAGCAGUUCAACAACUUCGAGAUACCACAUGCCGUUGAAAGAGAUUGAAGCUAUUCAAGAGAAUUAAAGGCCAAGAAAAUGAUCAAUUAUUGUAAUUUGAAAUAUGAAGUUGUAAUUUGUUGGAAUAUCAAGUUGUAGUUUUGCAAAACCUAACUUCUAUUGUAACCUAUUUGUGUGACUGUUGUUUUAUGGUUUUUGUUGGGAAUGGAUAAUU